AUGUUGUCACGAAGAUCAAGUUUCUUCAAGUGGGUACAGUGUUGGAGUGCUUCAGCGAGGGCAACACCACCUUCUGAACCAAUCCUUGUAGAUGAACAACGGAAGUCUUCCAAAGAUGGACACNCUAAAAAAUCUGGAAAGUCUGCAAUCCUAGAUUCUUUCUUAGGAAGGAAAUUUUCGAAUAGCUAUAAGGCAACAAUGGGUGAACAAUAUGCAGCAAAUGUCGUUGAUCAGCCUGGAGGUACUAAGAAAACCCUCAUAUUACGGGAAAUACCAGAGGAGAGAGUUAAAAAGUUUUUGACAAACAAGGAAUCGUUGGCAGCAUGUGAUGUUGCUGUGGUUGUCUAUGAUAGUUCGGAUGUAUACUCAUGGAAAAAAGCUAGGGAAAUAUUGAUGGAGGUGGCAAGGAGGGGAGAAGAGAGCGGUCAUGGGACCCCUUGUCUUCUUGUUGCGGCCAAAGAUGAUUUGGAUCCAUAUCCAAUGUCAGUGCAAGAGUCUGAUAGGGUUUGCAUGGAUUUGGGAAUUGAUGUCCCUGUGUCAUUAAGCAUGAAACUUGGGGAGCCAAACAGUCUCUUCUCAAGAAUCGUGAGUACAGCCGAGAACCCUCACUUGAGCAUCCCAGAGACAGAGUCAGGGCGAAGAAGCAAGAACAUACGCCAGCUUGUGAAUAGCUCACUUCUAUUUGUCUCAGUUGGUACAGCUGUUGCGUUUGCCGGAUUGGCAGCUUACCGUGCGUAUUCGGCAAGGAAGAAUGCUUGAAGAUUUGCAUGCAUAUCUUCUCGUUCACCCCAAAAUAAUAGUACUCCGUUUUUGCGAGUAACUAACCAUCCAAUCUGACUGAACCUCUGCUUCUUUUUUCCGUUUUUCGUUAGUAUUAAAAUAAUGCACAUCUUUCAGGGAACUAAUACUACGUUGGCACUGAUGUAAACAAAAUAAACACAAUUUUUUAUACAAAAUAUCUUUUAGUUAUUUUUGGAUGAAA